AUGGCGCGUCCAACUUUAUUCUUUACCCUCGCGGCGCUCGCUAUCUCUGUCCUCGCGCAGAGUUCAAGCCUGCAAGACGGUUUGUCUGAUGCCCACAUAGCGGCUGUUUUCCCUGGCGACUCCUCGUAUGACGGUGCCAGAAGGGCUUACAACCUGCGUUUCAGUUUUUCCCCAGUCGCAGUGACAUAUCCUUCGACGACAGAGCAGGUCUCCGCCAUCGUUGCUCUUGGUAGUUCAGAAAACCUACAAGUCGUCGCAAGGAGUGGUGGACACAACUAUAUUGCUAAUGGCCUUGGAGGCAAAAAUGGCGCCCUCGUUGUUGACUUGAGCAAUAUGACCAGAGUGGACAUCGACGCGUCUUCGGGUAUUGCAACAAUAGAAACUGGCAAUAGGCUGGGAGACGUCGCGUUUGCAUUAAACAACCAGGAAAGGACACUCCCCCAUGGAAGCUGUCCUUACGUGGGCAUUGGUGGCCACGUCUCUGGUGGAGGAUUUGGAUUUGCAUCUCGAAUGUGGGGCCUAACCCUCGAUACAGUCCAAUCAAUGACUGCAGUCUUGGCUAAUGGAACGAUUGUAACGGCGUCGAGCACCUCCAAUGCAGAUCUCUUCUGGGCAAUGAGAGGCGCUGCAUCCUCGUUCGGCAUUAUCACCUCCAUCGAUGUUCAGACAUUUACCGCUCCGUCUUUUGCGACUAUCUUUGAAUAUGAUUGGCAGCUGGACUACUCCACUGCUGCAGCCGCUCUAUUCAGAUUUCAAGAAUAUGCGAUGACGGAUAUUCCAUCUCAACUUGGAGCCGAAGUCAAUAUCGGGAGAGGUAACACCGAGGGGAGUGUGUACUUUGGCUUGACUGGUGGAUGGUAUGGCGAGUCCACAGACGCUCUUCAGGCAGUGUUGGAGCCAUUCUUGGCAUCCAUGCCUUCGGCGAGCGUCAAAUAUUCGGGAAAUGGAACCUACAUCAGUACCAUCGAGGCUUUGGGCAGUGGCGUCGUCAAUACCAAAGUCGCAGGUCCCGAUACAACAGAUACUUUCUAUGCUAAAUCGUUGAUGACACCGGAGGGUCAGCCAAUGACUUUGGAAGCUUUGGAGGCAUUCAUGAAGUACCUGGGUUACGAAGGCCACGCAUCUAAUACGGCAUGGUUCAUGCAAUUCGAGCUCUACGGCGGGGGAAAUUCAGUCAUCAACUCGGUUGAUGUAGAUUCGACGGCGUUCGGGACGAGAAGCGCGUUGUUUACUGUGCAAUUGUAUGCUUCUUUCAGCAACUCCGCUGAAGACAGCUUCACCCUCUUGGAUGGUGCCGCUGAAGCCAUUACUUCAGCAAUGGGUGAUGGUUGGGAUUACGGAGCCUAUGUAAACUAUCCCGACGAUCGUCUCAAUAAUGGUACGUCGGAUAUUCUGCAAAACCUUUACUACAAAUCACAUUAUUCCAGGCUAGAGAGUCUGAAAAGUCAAUAUGAUCCCACGGGGGUCUUUGUUUUCCCCAUAAGCGUCCAGUAG